UAGCCAUAUUUAUCCAUCCAGCCCUUAGUGCAAAGACUCCCCUUCCCUCCUGUGCCCAGUGCAAUACAAACACACUGUCUCUCUAUGGAGGAGCCUCAUUAGCUGCUCUCUGUGUGUGUGUGACCCUGUAGCACUUACACACCACAGCCAAUGAAUGAGAGGAGUCUGCCCGUGUGGCAUCAGUAGCAGCAGCAGGAGGAGGAGGAGGAGGCAGGUGCUUGUGAUGCGGCUCCCAGUGUCGGGCUCAGUGGAUGGGGAGAGGCAGCAGGAGGCUGGGGAAGCUGCUGAGACAAUAGAGGAUCCCCGCGCGUUGCAUCGGAGGGAGAGAGCGGAGCAAGAGAAGGGGAGGGCGGGCGGAAGGAUCGCAAGGCUGGAGAGAAGGGCUUAUAUAUAGGUCCCAUCCCGCUGGAUUAUACACAACAUCUGUACAGCUCGGAGCGAUCCUCCAGGGCAGCAGAUUUGGUCCCAUCUCGCUGAUUGGUCUACACGUCGUUUGUGGCUGUUUUGUACCUUUAAAGCUGGAUAUAUUGUUGGAGGCUUGAGCCCCGUGGAAGGAUGUCCGGGGCAAUUCAUUGUCAUUCAGGGGGGCAGUGAGUGGGGUCCUCCAGCUGUCAGUUUACAGGGGCCCCUGUGCUGGUGUCUGGGCAUGUGAGCUCUAAUGCCAUUGGCCGCUUUCUCCCAGUCCGACCCUUUAUAUAACACUGUGCACUUGCUCUUGGGCUACAGCCCAUUGGCCCUGUUUGUUACCUGGUGCAUUUCUGGCCUGGAUCCCCCCGCGUCCAACUUGCCAGGGUUAUUGUUCUGAGCUGACCCCAUGCAGUGCGACCCCCUCCCUGGCACCGGCGAGCUGAGCAGCAGAGGGCCACUCGGAGCAGAAUCCAUGCCUUUCCUCCUGGGACCCGUCACACUCAGCAGCAGCAGCGGUAGCCAUAGGGCCCCGGGGCCACCUGCCGGUGAAUGAUGUUUAAGUACCGGCUCCGCAUGUUCUUCAAUGAACUGAAGGUUCUGGUAUUAACCCGAUCCGGGAGAAGCGAGCCGGAGCCGGGCCAGGCCAUGCGUGGACUCGGGGUCGGUGGCUGCGGAUGGCCGCCCUUUGGCGACUGCUCCUCCCGAGACGACGACGAGGAAUAUUAUGGGGCCGAGCCCAGACCCCGCAGUUUGGGGCUGGAGGAGAAGGACGGGCGGAUCGGGGCUGCGCUGGACGCUGUGUCCCUGGGGAGCAGCAUUGACAGUGGCAUGAGAAGCCCGCAGUGCAGGAUCUGCUUCCAGGGGCCAGAGCAGGGUGAACUGUUGAGCCCAUGUCGAUGUGAUGGGUCGGUACGCUGCACACAUCAGCCCUGCCUAAUACGCUGGAUAAGUGAGAGAGGUUCCUGGAGCUGUGAAUUGUGUUAUUUCAAAUACCAUGUUCUAGCCAUUAGUACUAAGAACCCCCUCCAGUGGCAAGCUAUAUCCUUGACCGUGAUUGAGAAGGUCCAGAUUGCAGCUAUAAUCCUGGGCUCCCUUUUUCUUAUAGCUAGCAUCUCCUGGUUAAUUUGGUCCUCCCUCAGUCCUUCAGCAAAGUGGCAGCGACAGGAUUUACUUUUUCAAAUCUGCUAUGGAAUGUAUGGCUUCAUGGACAUUGUCUGUAUAGGUUUAAUCAUCCACGAAGGAUCGUCAGUAUAUCGAAUCUUCAAGAGAUGGCAGGCUGUUAAUCAGCAAUGGAAAGUUCUGAACUAUGACAAAACAAAGGACCUUGGAGAACCUUUGGGUGGGACUUCAAAGCUGGGGGGAAGAAACUCACGGACGAACCAUUCCUCUCACAAUGACAGAGGACCUGGUCGGAGCCAGCGAGUUAGGACUAUAUUGAACCAUCACUGUGGUUAUACGAUUCUGCACAUCCUUAGCCACCUGAGGCCUAAUGAACAUCGAAGUAGCUCAAACUCCAACAGAGAAGUGGUGAUGAGAGUGACAACAGUAUGAGGGACUUUUUGUUGGAAUAAUUAAGAGAAUGGGUUCGCUGUUAUCCUCGACACUUUCCUAUGGAUGGCAGCUUGUUGUCAAAGGGGAGGGGAAGAGCUUUGCUUUGAUGUGGAUCACAAGCGAAAUGCGUUGGUUUCACCCAGUGAGCAGGCAUUCUAAAGCAUUCUGGUCAACCUUCUUCUUAUACCAAAAGCCCUGUUUAUUUUGUGUUUUUUUUUAGAAGUUGGGCCUUUUUUCAGCUAGUGCUAUCCUGUGCAAUUUUUCAAUUACAAAACCGCCCAACCUCAAGAAAAGCUGAAAACGUAACGGCUCCUUCAAGCAUUGUAAUUGUCUCCGAGAAAUCCCACUUGAGCCAUUACUUUUUUUUGAAUACGUUGAAAGCACAAGCCAACGUUUUAACAGCAAAAAUCACAGGAACACAGGAGUCUUAGCAUUUUUACCUCAGAUUUACCAAACACAGCAGCUCCACAAAAAUUGCAAAUCAAGCAGAAAUACGGUAAAUAAAGUGAUUUUCCAACAAGCCCAUCUUUCCAGAAUUGCAGAACCCGAAUGCUAAUCAUGUGUGAGGGGGGAAAAAAAAGACAAUGAUACGGUUCAGAAAUUUCUAAGCGAUGAAUAGGUGCAAUAAAACAUAUUUUUACGGCAAAAUGGGAUCUUUGCAAUAAGACGCUUGUACUUUUCCCCUGAUUUUACAUUUUUCGCAUGAGUAAAUGUAAUUUUUUCCCCCCUCUUUUCUCCCUGCGGGAGGAUAGAGAAAAAAUAUUUAUAUGCAAAUAGUCUCCAACUACAUUUCUUUCUAUUUACAUACUGGGAUGUGAUAUUAAAGCAUCAGGAUUUCCCUA